UUCAUCAUUCAACUUCAUUUUUGUCUCUCAUCUCUUCUUUUCAGUUUUCACUCUCAACUUCUCUCACUCAAUCUCGACACCUAUAAUUCAUUGAUCGAAGCAUUUCAAAAUCAAGUAUUUAUGGUAUAUAAUUUAAGUGUACAAUUUGGUUUAUGAAAUUUGAUCAUUAAGCUAAUUAGCUUGUUUAAUUAAUUUGUCAAAUAUAUAUAAUGGAAUCAUGUGUGCCUCCUGGAUUCCGAUUCCAUCCUAGGGAUGAUGAACUUGUGGGUUAUUAUCUUAUGAAGAAGGUUGCCAAUCAAAAGAUCGAUCUUGAUGUUAUUCGAGAUAUCGAUUUAUAUAGGAUUGAACCUUGGGAUCUCCAAGAGAAAUGUCGGAUCGGAUACGAGGAGCCGAACGAGUGGUACUUCUUCAGCCACAAGGAUAAAAAGUACCCGACGGGGACGAGGACGAACCGGGCCACCAUGGCAGGGUUUUGGAAGGCUACAGGGAGAGAUAAAGCUGUGUAUGAUAAGGGUUUUAAGCUAAUUGGAAUGAGAAAAACCCUAGUUUAUUACAAAGGAAGGGCUCCUAAUGGCCAGAAAUCUGAUUGGAUUAUGCAUGAAUAUCGACUUGAAACUGAUGAGAAUGGACCUCCUCAGGCAAAAGGAUGGGUAGUAUGUCGAGCAUUCAAGAAGAAAACAACCAUACAAUCAAAGACCAUGGAAAGAUGGGAUUCAUCAUCUUCUUCACCAAGCUGUAUGUUAUAUGAUCAUGAACCAAGUGGUAUAAGCUCAGUAAUAGAUCCAAUAAUAAUCCAUAACAAUGGCGAAUUUGCUAUGCAAAGAAACCGCCUCUUACAUAAGAAAUCGCUAUGCAAGGAAGAAAGUCUUGAUCAAUCAUGGAUUAACUUCAUGCAUUCAACUUCCUCAUUAGAUGAUAGUUUCCUACAACUUCCUCAACUAGAGAGCCCGUCGUCUCAACCACCGUUCUUAAAGCGAGUAUGCACCACCACCGCCACCGCCACCACCGCCGUCACCACCACCAGCCAGGAUUGGAGGGAGCUAGACCAGUUUGUGGCUUCACAACUAAGUGAGGAUGCAUUGUUGCUCUUGCAUGGAAGUAAUAAUGAGAGGGAAGAGUUAGAGGAGGUAAUUGAUGCAGGGAAGUUAAUUAAUGAGUUCUUGAGUGAUAAUGAUAAUAAUUAUAGUAAUAAUAAUAUUGGGUUAUGCAUAUUUGACAAAUUGAAUCAAGAUAUCAUAUGAAUGAAAGUUAAUUAAUAAAACCAGAAUUUAAUUACAUCAUUGUUAAGUUCUACUACUUAAUUAGCUAGCUUAUUUCUUGCUAGCUAAGUGUAUGUGGCCGGAUAUAUAAUGCAUGUGAAAAAUAUAUAUACAUGAAUAUUACGUGUGUUUAUUGUA